AUUCUCUUGGAUUCAGAAUUCAAGGCAAGGAUUGCAGAUUUUGGACUUGCGAAAAUGAUAACUAGGCAAGAGGAGCCUCACACCAUGUCUGCAGUUGCAGGAUCUUUUGGUUAUCUCGCCCCAGAAUAUGCCUAUACAACAAAGGUGAAUGAAAAGAUUGAUGUCUAUAGCUUUGGCGUGCGUUACUCAGAGGAAAGGCCUUUGGUUGAAUUGUUUGAUCUGGAGAUUAACGAUCCAUGUUACUCGGACGAGAUGACUACAGUGUGCAAGCUGGGGCUUGCAUGUACAAGCACUUUACCAUCUUCAAGGCCUUCCAUGAAGGAAGUUCAGCAUUUACUUCAACGUUGUGGUCCGCAAGAAAUUUUUGAAGUGAAGAAAUCAGGAAGGGAAGUUGAUGUUGCUCCCCUUCUUCGCAACCCCACUUACAUAUCAAGUUACAAGGAGAUUAGGAGAGGAUCAGAGGAAGAUGAUGGCUACUUGGUCUAUAGCGUCUGUUGACCCAUGGCACUCAUGCAAUCCUCUCUUUCUCAUUCCUUAAUUUAUUUCAAUUGCAUGUCACUUGGUUCGAACUCAAAACUUCUUAUUUUUAAGAAAAGAAAAUUAUCACU